GAAUUAUCUCGCAAUAUGCUACAAAUACAACUUCUUUGCUGGGAUGAUGACACAAAGUAUGUAGUGAUGGACAUUGGACUCAGAUCGUUCACAGAGGAUAAAACACAAAGUAUGAAGGACCUUGACUUGGACCCACCAUUCAGGCUUGUACGGCCUGAUAUCGGACAGGUAAGAGAGCUUUGGUGUAGCUUUCAUUUUCUUAAGGUUUGUUUUUUUACUACGGUGUAAGGUUGGGUAUGAACAGUAUUAGUAUAUAUAGGAAAGAAGUGGAAACACUCACGCCUUGAGAAUUAGGGUUUGUUAUAAUACGAAAUAUACUUAUCUUUUGAUUCUGCCAAUAUGAUGAGAUUUUGUUCGGAGAAUAUACUUUCAUAAUAUAAAUUAGUUGUUAUUGUGCGAAUUUUCCAAGAUACUAAGCCAUUUAAUUAAGGACAAAAUUAGUUUACUAAUAGAAGCCCAUGAAUCGUGGAACAUACAUUAAUAUCUUUAUUAUCAUUAAUAAUAAAUAUGUAGUGGCAGUCUACUGUAAAUACUUUUAAAGUCCAAGGGGAUAUCAAAAAAAUGGCUGCUGUUUUAAUUGUAUUGAUAGGCUAAGCAACGCCUUAAGCGUCCGCAAUGCAAGUGCUCUAAUGUACUUGUUUGAUCUUAUUUUUGAAUGUAAUACGAAUUAGCUUUAGGGCAUUUCCAUCUCUACUCUAUUUUUUCUUCUAAAAUAGAGUAAAAGUAAAUAUAGAGUAAGAAAUGUUUCAACCCAACUAUAUAUUUCACUUCAUAAUAGAAUUUAUUCCAUAAAUAGAUUUAUUCCAUAAAUAGAGUAAUCAAUUUUUUGUUUGUUCAUCAUUCCAUUAUAGAGUGGAAAACGAAGUAGGGUUAAAAUAAUUUUAUUCUAUUUUCACUUUUACUCCAUUUUAAAGGAAAAAAUGGAGUUUUACAUUGGAGAUGCUCUUAACCAUUACAUAUCUAGUUUGGACUCUAUUUACAAAAUAAACAGUUAUAUCGAACUUGAUUGGUUGCAUUCUUUGUUUUGACGUUUUCUCUGUAUUUUUUACAUUUCACUUUGUUAUCAACAGCUGUUAUUUAAAUGAUGUUUUCUUUUCAAACGUUGAACGAAAAUAUAACAUUUUCAAUAUAUACAUAUAUUUUAAUGUAAAAUAUUUAGAGACAAUCAGUCUUACAUUGAAUUUAAAUGGUGAUAUCAUAGCAAAUGAUGUUUAAGGUUCUUAGGGCACCUGCAAUGGUAGACCUGGAGAGCUCGAUUUAUAAUGUUAAAUUUUAAUUAUUUUAUUUUUUUUUUCUUUUUCGUUUGAUUAAAAAAAUUAAAAAUAAACCAAUCUUGGGCCGCCAUGUAUCGUGGAGCUCACGACACAGUAACGAAAAGCAACUAGGAUCAAUCUUUAUGUUAGGAUUUUUCGGAUUGAUCCUUACAAAAUUUAUAUCCUACACCAAUGUUUUAAUAUUUUUUUUUAUGGAUUCGAGUUAAGGAUUCUUUGUUGCACAUGCUCUUAGAAGACAUUGGUCGCAUAUUAGUUCUUUGAAGAAGUUCACUUAAAAAUUGAAUGUUUUGGACCUUUGAAAAAUUAUAAAGGAAGUUACUGAUUUGAUCUUUUUAAUUAAUUUAUAAUAAAAAUGUUAGAAUUAGUGAAGGUCUUGCACCGUUUUGGAUUUAAUAUAGUUCUUAUGUUGAACUAAUAUUGAGCUAGAUGCAGUGGACUAGCCUCCAGUUUAAAAGCAUUGCUAACCCAAAUCUAACUUUUUCUUAAAAACAGAGUAAUUUAUUAUAAAGAAAUUUUUGUUCUAAUACUAUAAUUAUAUAAUGGAAGUACUUUACUGUAUAGAAGAAUAUAGAUGAAUAUUAUUUUUUACUCUGUAUUUAGAGUAAACAUAUUUAUUUUUUAUAAAAAAUAAUCUUAAAAAAAAAAUAGAAUGGGAUUAACGAUGAUUUAAAAUAGAAUGGGAUUAACAAGUAACCGAUGCAGAAAAUAAUCAAAAUAUUGAUAAAAAUGCUGAAAAAGUAGUUCAUAUUAUUGAAAAGUCUUGUCAUUUUCCUUUUAACGCAUUUAAAUAUUAAAAGUAAACAACUAAAUCAGCGCACGCACAAUAAAAUAAGUCAGAGUCAACAUAUUACUACUACUAUUGAUUAAUGUAUACUUGAUAAGGUUUUGGAAUAUUUCAUGCACAAGCGGAGUGAUGUGUUGGUACAUUAUUUUCGCGGCUGCGUAUUUGAUUCAUACCAUUAAAUUACUUCGUUCUUUUUGUCUCAUUCGUCUCCUAUCUUAAAAUUAUUGAACGGGACUUCAACACUGGGGGCGACUGAGUCAAGAUUGGCGUUGAGGUUCCUUCUGUCAUUUAUUUUUACAAUAUUCAUAAUAAUACAUCAUUAUAGUAUUAUUCAUCCUUAACUUUUGCGGUAUUAUUAUUGCUAUUAAUAUUCACCAUCUCCUUCAUACUUGCGAAUAUAAUUUUCAAGAGGUCUUAUGAAUUUAGUGGUAUUACGAGAUACUAUAAUUUUCCAGUUGCUUUUACUAAAAUACCUAAUUUGUGUAAAUUAGAUACUGUUGUCUAGUGUGACUUUCCUGAAUUUUUUAGAUAAUAUACCUAAUUCCAAUUUCGCGGCCGUCUCAUAUCUUCCACUUUUGAGUUUUGAAUAUGAAGGAACCUAAGAAAUUUCAUAGAUGUUGAUUUUAUAACAAUUUAAAUAAUACAAAUCUGUCAUCAUCUACGCCUACAAUAUAAAUCCCCACACUCUCUUCUUCUAUUUUCACCCCCAUACAACACAAAAACCUCCAAAACUAAAUAAUCAAAGACUCUUCUCUCUUUCCAUAAAGAAGAAACAAAACACAGAGAUUGAAGACAAACAUGGAAGCGACUUCUUCUAACUUCACACUCUCUACAAUCCUCAACACAGAGGAUCCAUACAGCUCCCUCAUGCUGACCGCCGCUCUUCUCUUCGCCGUCCUCUGCUACUUCUGGCUUCAAGGAAAAUCCAAGUCCAAGAACGGUCAACCACCGUUGCCUCCGGGACCAUGGCCACUUCCCAUCGUCGGAAACCUCCCGUUUCUAAACUCCGACAUCCUCCACACGCAGUUCCAAGCCCUAACUCAAAAACACGGCCCUCUCAUGAAAAUCCACCUCGGCUCCAAACUCGCUAUCGUCGUCUCCUCCCCAGACAUGGCUCGCGAGGUUCUCAAAACACACGACGUCACUUUCGCCAACCACGACCUCCCCGAGGUCGGGAAGAUCAACACGUACGGUGGGGAAGACAUACUCUGGUCUCCUUACGGAACACACUGGAGGAGACUACGCAAGCUUUGCGUCAUGAAGAUGUUCACCACGCCGACUCUCGAAGCUUCUUACUCCACUCGGAGGGAAGAGACACGACAAACUAUCGUUCACAUGUCCGAAAUGGCACGUGACGGAUCGCCCGUGAAUCUUGGAGAGCAAAUAUUUCUUUCGAUAUUCAACGUCGUGACGAGAAUGAUGUGGGGAGCGACGGUUGAAGGAGAAGAGAGAACAAGCUUAGGGAACGAGCUCAAAACCCUAAUCUCAGAUAUCUCCGACAUAGAAGGGAUUCAAAACUACUCAGACUUCUUCCCCUUGUUCGCAAGGUUUGAUUUCCAGGGGUUGGUUAAGAAGAUGAAGGUCCAUGUUAAGAAGCUAGAUAUUUUAUUCGACCGUGUUAUGGAGAGUCACGUCAAAAUGGUUGGUAAGAAAAGCGAAGAGGAAGAAGAUUUCUUACAAUACUUGAUUAGAGUUAAAGACGACGAUGAGAAAGCUCCUCUCUCGUUGACUCACGUGAAGUCAUUGCUUAUGGAUAUGGUUCUUGGUGGUGUCGACACAUCCGUUAACGCAUCGGAGUUCGCUAUGGCUGAGAUCGUGAGCAGACCAGAAGUUUUCAAGAAGAUACGUCAAGAACUGGAUCAAGUUGUUGGUAAAGACAGCGUCGUUGAAGAAUCACAUCUACCUAAGCUCACUUACUUGCAAGCGGUUAUGAAAGAGACUCUUAGGCUUCACCCUACGCUUCCACUUCUUGUACCUCACCGGAACAGCGAAACCUCGGUGGUUGCGGGAUACACUGUGCCUAAAGACUCCAAGAUUUUCAUCAAUGUUUGGGCGAUUCAUAGAGAUCCUAAGCACUGGGACGAGCCUAAUGAGUUUAAACCUGAGAGGUUUUUGGAGAACUCGCUAGAUUUCAACGGUGGUGAUUUCAAGUAUUUGCCAUUUGGUUCCGGGAGGAGGAUUUGCGCGGCGAUUAACAUGGCUGAGAGGCUUGUUCUCUUCAACAUUGCGUCGCUUCUUCACUCUUUUGACUGGAAAGCUCCUAAAGGACACAAGUUUGAGGUUGAGGAGAAGUUUGGGCUUGUUCUUAAGUUGAAGAGUCCGCUUGUGGCUAUUCCUGUUCCGAGGUUGUCUGAUCCCAAACUCUACACAGCUUAAGUAACUAAGUAAGAAGAAAAGUUUGGUUCGGGGGAAGUUGAUUGUAAUUUACCCUUUUUUUCUUAUUUUGUUGUGGGAGUUUUAAUAUUAUAAUGUGUCUUAUUAUGCAUCUUUCAUGAUAUAUAAUAAAAGAUAAAUAUUAUUUUUCAAA